UACAGCAACAAUGAGCAUCCAGUGGCGCAAAGGCAAGCGCAUCGCCAUAGUUGGGGGCGGUCCUGGCGCGAUCUCAACCGCUCUAGCCUGUUUGAAACAAGGCUACGAUGUCCGUGUCUACGAGCGACAAAAGACCUGCGAACCCUUUGGCGGUGCUGUACUACUUAGUGUUCCCGUUUUGGCUGUAUUGCGUUCCUAUGGCAUCGAUAUCGACAACUUUGGCGCGCCUACGGUCACGUAUUUCAAGAACGAUAAGGGCUUGGAACGGGCGAAAUUACCAUUCAACCCGAAGAUCGAAAAAAGACUAGGGAUCAAGGGCUGGCAUUAUGGAGUUUUAAGGUCCACCGCUUUUGAGAAGAUGCUCAGCAAAAUCCCCCAAGGCGUUGUCCAUACUUCGCACCAAUUCGACUCGUACACGGAAUACGACGACACGAUAGAGCUGAACUUCAGCAACGGCACAAAAGUUGAGGCAGACAUUCUCGUAGGCGCUGACGGGAUCCGGUCAAAUGUAUCAAAACAAGCAUUCGGAGACCCCCAACUGUUCCACAUCGGCAUACGCCUCUGGCUAGCAUGGUGCGAUCACAUCCCGGACAUUCCUCCAAACUACGGUUACAUCUCGCACAACUGGCAGUAUCAAGCCAGUUUCUUCCCGAUGAUUCAUAAUGGCAAACCAGGAUUUGAGUGGUGGGUUGUCGAGCCAUCUUGGGAAGGUAAACCAGUGCCUCGGGACGUGAAAGCGCAUCUUCAGGGUAUCCUGAAGGACUGGGCUGAUCCUAUGCCGCGAUUUCUUGAAUGCACGGAUUUCGACACACAGGUCUAUCGCUGGGAAAUAUAUAAUCGGCCGUCGAUGAAGAAAUGGUCAAAGGGACGAGUAGUAUGCGUUGGAGAUGCUGUUCACCCAGUGUCACCGUACGCAGCGUAUGGUAUGGGUAUGGCGAUCGAGGAUGGGUACUUCCUCGCGAACGCGCUGCGAGGUGUGGAUUUGGUGGAUAUUCACGCCGUCAAUGCUGGGUUUGAGUUGUACGAGAAACAGCGCGUGGGCUACGUGAACCAUAAUAUGGAAUUCGCACGCUAUAUGGGUAGAAUCUUUCAUGGGCUUCCGUGGCCUCUGGCCUGGCUUCGCGAUCUUGUUUUCAAUUACACGCCUUUUUUGAAGUACACCCUGGAAAAGGGAUAUCUGGAGGGGUCAGAGAAGGAGACUUUGGCUCUCAAGGAUCUGUAUCAGGACAAGAGUUCCGCGUGA